CGGGGACAGAGCCGCGGCCGUGGCGGGACGCGGCGCCUGCGAGAGCGGCUGGAAGGGCGGGGACCCCGGGCCGUUAGCGCGUCCACACAGUGCCCGGCGCAGCGCGACGCGGACGCCUAGGCCAGUUACCCAGGUGUAGACGCUGCCUCUGCCCAAGGAAGACGUGAUGACCCUUCAGAAGGGUCCUCUUGAAAAGGAUCUCCCGGUCUGCUGCUUGAUUUUAACUCUAGCGAUCCCUGUUUGCGAGGAGACCAGAAAGCUGCAAAAGAAAACCGGGAACAUCUGGCACUUGUCACUUUCUGAGUCCAGGCUUCUUUGGAGCUGUUAGUGACACAGCUGAGUUUUUGAAGAACUCUUUUACUGCCUUGAUGAGGAAAUAUGCUUAUUGAGCUUUCACUCUGUUGGCCAAAGAUAACACUGCAGUCGCACUGGUAACGCUAAGGAGGUGCACGAUUUUUUUUUUAAUAAUUAAAUUUAUUGGUGCACGAUUUUUUUAAAUGAUUAAAUUUAUUGGUGCACGAUUUUUUUUUUUUUAACACACCUGACUCCAGGCUGACUGUUAAUAUUGAACUGAUAAGCAAAUGAGACUUGGAGCCACGUCUUCUUAAAGCAGGAUAUUAAUUUUACUUAAUGUCCCAGGGAGAAAUCCUGGAUUAAAAACUAAAAGGUCUCUCUAAAUCAGUUGGAUUUGACCAAUAUAACGUGUAGGUCUCACACACACGUUUUUAUGUCCUUUUUCCUGUAACUGAAGCCCGUCUCCCUGGUCUCACUCAAUUUAUUGAAAUGCUAAUAAGAGACCCCUGCAGGUUGCCCACAUUUCCCCCAAAUGCCUUGUUUUUCCUAAAACGACUCCCUGGAGAAACCAGAAGUUCCUGAAUAAGCAGACUGCCUGGGUAGAGAGCAUUUGUGUUUCAAAAGCUGAGUUUGCAAAGGGGAUCUUCCCAACCGAGGGAUCAAACCCAGGUUUCCUGCAUUGGCAGGCAGAUUCUUAACCACUGAGCCACGUGGGAAGCCCAGUUCGUGUGAACUCAGUCCACAGAUUUCCUUGAUUGCCUCAGAAAUGCACUUUUACUCUUGGCUUGUGUGAAUCAAAGCGGGCCACACAAGGACUGAGAACCGGACACUUGGUCCAUGGACUUCUGGUCCCACUGUGAGGUGGAACUACUUGUCCUGGCAUCCUGUUUGGAAGGAUUCUGAGGUCAGACACUCUUCAGACUCACUCUGAUGCAGGAUUCCAAGGCUACGUGGGUUUGAAGAAAGCAGCUUACAGGGACGAGGCUCUUCCUGAAGGAUCUGUGUGUGUUGUUCAAAACACAGUCAAAGCCGAGGCCGCCGUGCUGAGUCCCAGGCUGGCAUCCUUAACCUCGGGGACCCGGAAGAAGGAAGGAACACAGCGGUGCGGUGAAGGUCAUGCCAGGGCCAGAGUGUAAACGGAGCGCUGAAACCGGAGCUCCCUGUGGCACUGACAACAGCUCCGGCUGCCUGGCCCCCGUGUUCGUGUACGGGACGCUGAAGACGGGCCAGCCCAACCACCGGGUCCUGCUGGACGGCGCCCACGGGCGCGCGGCCUUCCGAGGCCGGGCCCGCACGCUGGAGCCCUACCCGCUGGUGAUCGCGGGCGAGCACAACAUCCCGCGGCUGCUGAACCUGCCGGGCCGCGGGCACCACGUGGCCGGCGAGGUCUACGAAGUGGACGAGCGGAUGCUGCGCUUCCUGGACGAGUUCGAGGACUGCCCCGACAUGUACCAGCGCACCCGCCUGCGCGUGGCCCUGGAGGGCGCGCGCGCGCCCCUGGACUGCUUCGUCUACACCACGGCCACCUACCCGCCUGAGUGGGUCCACCUACCGUACCUCGACGACUACGACUCGCAGGGGAAGCACGGGCUCCGCUACCACCCGCGGGAAAACAGAUGAGCUCCGCAGGUGAGGGAGGCCGGGGACCAGCCCCGAGAGGCCGCGCUCGCUGAACGAGGGCGCGAAAACACCCCUGGAAACCGGUACUUGAAACAAAUACUCGAUCUGUCAGGGGUGGGCAGGGGAGAACACCUCUUUUUCAGUGGCAGCCGAUUUCCCAAAUAAUUUGGAGGUACUGAUAGCAAGACUGUUUCCUGAAAUCUGUCUCUCUAUGCUGCUUUAGAAAAACUCAGGACUUUAAUUCCCCAAAUGACAUUUGAAAACUCAUCUUAUCAUGCUUUUCUGAUUAUGCUGGGAUUUUUUUUUUUUUUUUUUUUUGCUUUGCUUUAA